UACCACAGAGAGACAGAGACGGCAGCGAGACCAAUGACAAUGACGCACAUGCUCCACGCACGUGAGAUAACGGCGCCGCCAAUCAUCGCUCGUCCUUUUUAUCCAUAUCAUAGAUUUAUAUCAGAGCGAUGGUCUACUACAUACGCUUCCUGAAACCCCCCAAACUGCAGCAUGGCAAGAAUGGACUUGCCACGGCCUCGGCGCUGAUUUCGAUCACCACCGACCUGGGUGACGCUUUCCUGGCCGAGGAUGUAUCACUACAGGCGCAACUGAUCGCAGGAGACACAAAUACCGUUCUACAGAAGAAAGAUUUGUUGUGGCAGGCUGGGAAAAGAGAGCUACCGGUUUCAAUUGGGCCUAUUCGGUUUGGCUUGAAGAACCAGCCGAUUGGCCUUGCCAUAGGAAUCAAAGAUGCCUCCAGUUCUGUUUUUCACGACGAGUUGAAUGACUCUACAACCUUGCCGUUGGUUAUGUCCGGAUGGAGCGCAUCUUUUGGCGGGUCAGAAUCUGCCACUGCUGCGAAGCUUGUUGAGAGACGGUUCAAUCUGGAGGAACACGGCCAGCUGAGGAUCUGGGAGGAGACGGGGAAUAAUAUAGCGCGUCAUAUAUGGGACGCAGCCCUAGCUGCAGUGAUAUGUCUGCAAAGCGCAAUCACGAAUUCCCCAUCAUCGGAACUACAGAAACUACAGUCUCGGUUUCAACACGGCACCAACAAGACCCUUCGCGUAGUCGAGCUCGGCGCUGGAUGUGGGAUUGUCGGCAUCGCUCUAGCCCAGAUGCAGCCUCGCAGCGCUGUCAUACUCACCGAUCUCCCCGAAGUCAACGACAUUGUGUCUCGCAACAUGAGGCUUGCACAUCUGGCGGCUGGGUCGAGCGUCGAGUUCCAGGUGCUAGACUGGGAUGAACCGCACGGGGAUGUCUUUGCAGACGGGCUGGACCUGAUUCUUGUCUCUGACUGCACGUACAAUGCCGACAGCCUUCCUGCGCUGGUGCUGGUGCUGAGCCAUGCCACCCGCAGAUCGCCAGAUGCUCUGGUCUUGGUGUCCCUCAAGAGGCGGCACGACAGCGAGGCGGUCUUCUUCGAGCUGAUGCAGGCGGCCUCGUUCCGCAUUGUCGAGCAGACGGCAGUGUCUCUCCCGGCAGCGUACUCGGAAGCAGACCGCAUUGAAAUAUAUGGGUUUCAACAUGUACACACACAUACAUAAUAGUAUAUAUAUGUAUAUAUAUACUACAUGAGUACAUAUGUAUGAGUAUGAGUGUUACAAUGAAGGCCUCUGAUUGGCUGCAGCCUGGGAUAUGUGCGUCAUUUGCUAGCUGCAUCUGGCUAGCCACUCGGAGUACAGUGGGGCAAUGGCGGCCUGUGAUUGGCCUGUGCCGGUCCAGAACACAACAAAAAAACAAAAAAAAUGCCAAAUGCGACCGGGUGCCUGCAUGUAUUACUAUUUAAUAUUCAUACAUAUUCCUAUUUAAUAGUAUAUAUUUAUAUUUA